AUGAGAGCUCCUGAUCAUGGCAGUGGCGGCACAGGCAUACGCAGUUGGGUGGACAUGAAGGGCCUUUUCCUCCAAGUCCUCACAGGAAGAUGGCUCAUGGUGUUUGCUUCAUUUCUAAUGAUGGUCACUGCAGGGGCAAGCUACAUGUUCGGCCUCUACUCCAACGACAUAAAAUUCGUGCUGGGAUACGACCAAACGACACUCAACUUGAUCAGUUUCUUCAAGGACUUAGGCGCCAACGUUGGCAUCUUGUCCGGCCUGAUCAAUGAGGUAACACCCCCGUGGGUGGUCCUAUCAAUCGGUGCGGUCCUAAACUUUUUCGGUCACUUCAUGAUCUGGCUUGCAAUAACACAAAAAAUCCCAAAGCCUCAAGUCUGGCACAUGUGCUUGUACAUGUCCAUAGGGGCCAAUUCACAUACUUUCACCAACACUGGAGCCCUUGUUACAUGUGUCAAGAACUUCCCAGAAAGCCGUGGUGUCGUGUUAGGCCUUCUCAAAGGCUAUACCGGCAUAAGCGCAGCUGUGAUCUCACAGCUCUACCAUGCUGCCUAUGGUGAUGACACAAAGUCUUUCACUUUGGUGGUGGCUUGGCUUCCAACUGCUCUCUCUUUGAUUUUCAUUGGAACCAUUCGGAUCAUCAAGGCUAGUCGCCGCCCGAACGAGCUCAGAGCUUUCUAUAAUUUCCUUUAUAUAUCUCUUGGCCUAGCAGCAUUUUUGUUGAUUAUAAUUGUUGUUGAGAAAAGGUUCAGGUUUAGCCAGAGCCAGUAUGUUGGAAGUGCAGCUGUUGUGCUUUUUCUGCUCUUUUUACCACUUGCUGUGGUUAUUAUGGAAGAAUAUAAAGUUUGGCAGAGCAAGAGAUCGAUGUCCCUGAAUUUAGAUUCUGAUCCUUCACCUGUCAAAAUUGUAACCGAAGGCCAAAACCCUGAUGCCAUUUCAUCCCCAACAUACAAAAAGGUUCCAUCUUGGAACAAGGACAUACUUAACCCACCAGAGAUAGGUGAAGACUUCACAAUAUUGCAAGCACUUUUCAGCAUUGAAAUGCUGACUUUGUUGUUGGCAACAGUUUGUGGCCUUGGAGGAACCAUGACCAUGAUGGACAACUUGGGGCAGAUUGGAACUUCUUUCGGCUACCCUUUGCGAAGCAUAAGAAAUUUCGUGUCGCUUACGAGCAUUUGGAAUUUUCUGGGACAGAUUGUUGCUGGCAUAGGCUCAGAAAUGUUCAUUAUCAAGUACAAAUGGCCUCGCCCUCUCAUCUUCACUGCAGUUCUGUUGCUCUCAUGUGUUGGCCAUCUCAUAAUUGCAUUCAAUGUCCCCUAUGGCCUCUAUGUUUCUUCAGUGGUUACUGGUUUCUGUUUUGGUGCACAUUGGCCUUUGAUUUUCACUCUAAUUUCUGAACUUUUUGGCCUUAAAUAUUACUCCACUUUGUACAAUUUUGGAGGGUUGGCUAGCCCAAUUGGGCUGUAUUUGCUCAAUGUGAGGGUCACAGGGUAUUUGUAUGACAAGGAGGCUAAGAAGCAAAUGGCAGCUUUGGGGCUUCAGAGAAAGGUGGGGGAGGAGUUGAAUUGUGUUGGGGGGCAGUGCUUCAAAUUGUCUUUCAUUAUACUUGCUGUGGUGGCGUUGUUUGGUGCACUUGUUUCACUGCUUUUGGUGGUUAGGACAAGGAAGUUUUAUAAGAGUGAUAUUUAUAAGAAGUUCAGAGAUGAAGUGAGAGUGGCUUAG